AAGGAUGCUGAUUAUUAUGCUCUGAUGAUCAUUUUUAGUCUUUCUAACGGAUAUAUAGGAAAUCUGUGUAUGAUGAUGGGACCCAAAACAGUUGAGAGAGAAAACGACCAGGAAUGUGUUGCGUCUAUGCUGGUGUCAGUUCUAGUGUUAGGAAUAGGGAUAGGAUCCUUCCUAUCCUAUCCUAUAGUUCAUCAUCUCUAUAGAUUUUGGUUGAUAUUCUACUCCUUGGAUCUGUGGAGCUGCAAGGAUCCAGGAUGCAAACUGUUGCGGAUAAUUGCUCCGGAUACUAAGCAUUGGAGUUCAAACUUCUAACUGCCUCUUUUCUGGCCCUUUUUGCGAUGGUAUUCUAUCAUGAAAGUAAAGUAUAAAUUACCCGGUACCGUCUCAUAUCAGUACUCAGAUUGAACAAAAAUAUCUCGUGAAAUCGG